CUGCGUGUCCCACAGAUCGCACAAAACAGACGCAGCGCGCGCUCGGAGCAGCAGUACGCAGAUAUUCUCUCUUCUGCUCGAGACUACAAAGAAAACAGAAACCCAUCUGGAGAACAUUAAAAACAUCGGUGUGCACCAUGAAGUUGGUGCUUUUGGUCUCUUUGGUUGUCUUUCUCUCUGCAGAUGGAGAGUCCGUACCAGUUGAGCAGGACGUCAGGAGAGAUGACCUGCUUACCAAGUGUUUGGUACAGAUCCUUUCUACGGCAUUGUAUAAAACAGACACUACUCCACUGCUUCCAGAAUGUAAUAACAUCCUUAAGACAGGUUCAGGUCGUUCCUCAGCUGUAAAAAUGAGUGAGGAGAAAACUGUUGAAUCAUCUCAGGGGGAGCAGAUCAAACCAAGAGGAGAGUCUAAAGGCAAGGAGGAAGAUAUCAUUGAGGAUCUUCUCAAAGCUCAUGCAUACAAACGGGAAGACAUGCAUGAAGAACGAAGCCAGGAAGAAUUUCCAAGUUUUCUUAAAAGAAAUAUCCAACGUGAUGAAGCGGAUGACGAACGAAGCCAGGAAGAGUUUCCGAGUUUUGUUAAAAGACGAACCAGAGAAAAGCUUGACGAACCAGAAGAAGAACGAAGCCAGGAAGAUUUUCCGAGCAUGUACAAAAGAACCAGCAAAUAUAAAAAAGAUACAGAGUACGACAGAAGCCAAGAGGAGUUUCCUCAAAAAAGACAUUUCCCCAUCUUCCACCUCGAAAAGCGCGAUAACCCUGAUGAGGAGCGCAGUCAGGAGGACUUCCCCUCAUACCAAUACAAAAGAAGUCACCUGACAGCCAAAGAAAAGCGCGAAGAACCGGACUAUGACAGAAGCCAAGAAGACUUCCCAAGCUACAACAACAAAAGAAACCUCGAGGGGGACGAAGAGGAGGAGGAAAGCAGAGAGAAGCGCAUCUGGAAACCAUCGCACAGAUACCACUACAAGAAAAAGCACCACAAACGAAGCGAGGACUUACAGAACCAGGAUUUACAAGAUGAAGACUAUGAAAGAAGUCAAGAAGACUUCCCAAGUUACCCCCACAAAAGAAACCAUGGCACAUCCGACUUUCUGGAAAAGGAGGUGGAUGAGGACAUUGAGAAAAGAUACUGGAAACCCACGCACAGGUACCAUUAUAAGAAGCACCACAAACGCAGUGGGGACUCAUCUGAAGAUGAUUAUGAAUCAAUAAAACCGUAUGAGAGCAGAGAGGAGAAUGAAGGAGCGGACAAACGGAUCUGGAGGCCGGAGGAAGACGAGCUGAGGAAUCACCAGAGCUCUGCGGAGGAGAAGGAGAGGGAGGCGACGUUGAAGUAUCUCACUGAGAAAAAGAACGAGCUUGAAGAACGUCUACUCAACAAGGGUGACGUUUACGACAAGCGAUCGCCUUGGAUUUACAGAGGAUAUUAUCAUCCAGCCUGGUACAAGAGAAACCAGGACGAGAGCGAUCAGCAUCCCUAUCGUGAAUUAGAGGAGCUCGCCGAGACCCUUCGGUACAAAAGGAGCAUACACUCUCAGGAGUCACCUGACCAGAGGCUUCCCACACCGGAAGAGUUGAAAGAACUGGAGAAACUUGCCUCUGUGGAUCAACAGAUGAAGGAGAACCAGGCAUGAACCUUCAUCAGCAUCAUCUUUCUCCGUUGCUUGUUUUAACUUCCUAUCAGCUUGAUAUGUGUCGCCAUGGGCUACUUUAGAUAUUAAAAAGAUAGUUCAUCCAAAAAUGUCAUCAUUUGUGAAUGUCAUUGCCUUUAGGGUGAAUAGAGGGGAACUAAACUUUUUUGGGUGACUUUC